UAAAUUAUUUGCCGGUGCACUGUACAUCACCUUUCGCAUUCAUAUGUGUACGUGUGUGUGUUUGAUUAGAAAGUCGGCAACAGUCGGUGGUUCGUUCGUGGGCGUGUGAGAAACACAGGAGACGCAAGAAAAAUUUCUCAUUGUUCGUUGCGGGCAAACCCAGCGCGCUAAAAAAACCAUAAUAUAAUUAUUACUCACGCAGACAACUGCACAAGGCGCCCAACAUGGAUUUCGCUAGCGUGCUUAACAAAAGCGAACCACAUCAGCGCACCAUCAUACACCUGGACAUGGACUACUUCUAUGCCCAGGUGGAGGAAAUACGCGAUCCUUCUUUGCGCAAUCGUCCAUUGGCUGUGCUGCAGAAGAACAUUGUGGUGACCUGCAACUAUAUAGCCCGAUCUCAGGGCGUCACCAAGCUAAUGCUGGUGGCAGAUGCCGAACGUCUGUGCAAGGAUCUGGUUAAAGUAAAUGGCGAAGAUCUGGCACCUUAUCGCUUAAUGUCACAGAAAAUCUUCGAUCUACUGCUCAACUACACCCCCGACGUGGAGAAACUGGGAUUUGAUGAGAACUACAUGGAUGUCACGGCCCUUGUGGAUUUACGGCAAGCUCACGUAGCCGAAGCACAACGUAAACCCGCCAUUGGACACAUUUAUCCAGCGGAUGGAACCCCGCUAACUGCCUGUAGUUGUGGCUGUGCUCAACGCUUGGCGAUUGGAACGCGCAUUGCGCAGGAGAUACGCGACGAGCUCCAUUUGCGGCUGGGCAUCACGUGUUGUGCUGGGAUUGCCUACAACAAGCUGCUGGCCAAGCUGGUGGGCAGUCGGAACAAGCCAAAUCAACAGACGGUGCUCGUUUCCACGUAUACGGAACAGUUUAUGCGCGAACUCAAUGAUUUACAUAGCGUCACGGGCAUUGGUCAGAAGACACAGUCGCUGCUGUUGGAGGCGGGCGUAUCGAGUGUGGAGCAGCUGCAGCAGUGUGACAUGGAAUUCAUGCGAAAGAAAUUUGGGUUUGAGACUGCUACCAAACUGAGGGAUUUGGCAUUGGGUCGUGAUGCGAGCACAGUGCGUGCUACGGGAAAACCCAAAACGAUUAGUGUGGAGGAUUCGUGUAAGACGAUUUCCGUCCAUACAGAUGUCACGGAUAAGUUUCGCUUGUUGCUCAAGCGUCUUAUGGAGCAGGUAGCCGAAGACGGGCGCAUUCCCAUUGCAAUUAAGGUGGUGCUACGCAAAUUCGAUUCUCAGAAAAAGAGCAGCCAUCGGGAGACAAAGCAGGCCAACAUUCUACCCUCUCUUUUCAAGACAUCCGUUUGCGCCGGCGAAACGGGCGUAUGCAAAGUGCAGCUGGCUGAUGGCGCGUUGGACAAAUUGCUUAAGAUUAUUAUGCGUCUGUUCGAACGCAUUGUGGAUCUGAGCAAACCUUUUAACAUUACGCUAAUCGGCUUGGCCUUCUCCAAGUUCCAGGAGCGUAAAGUUGGCUCGUCAUCCAUUGCCAACUUUCUGAUCAAAAAAGCCGAUCUCGAGGUGCAAUCGAUCACCUCGCUAACGAACACGAGUCUCAACUCCACUACUUCCCCCACAACAGAAGGCAGUCCGACCGCGCUGAGCGGAGACGAAGCCGCCUUUCGCUCCUCACCCACCACAUUCAAGCCAAGUGAUCAGUUCUACAGACGCCGUGCGACGACAGCGUCGCCGGUACCUAUGUUGACAGACAAUGGCUCCGAAUCGGGCGCCACUAAUUCGGACUUCAGUGACUUCUCCGAAACGGAAGUGGAGCCGUCGCCCAAAAAGAGCCGCAUUGGCCGCGUGCUCGUGUCGAAGCGCAGCCGAUUGGCAGUGGAUGUAGCCGAUGCGGCUGCAGAUGUCGCUUCGCCGAGUAAGCUGCGUGUCUGUGAUCUGCGUCUUAACUCUCGCGACAGUGAAAAAGACUUUCCCAUGAGUCCCAUUGCUGCCUGCACACCGUCCACAUCUGCAGCAGCGGCCGCGCCACGAUUUCGAACCAUUCAACCGCCCAACACGCUGCUGAAUCGCAUCGAUGGCAGCCUACGUUUUCUGCCCGCACGCACCACGAGUCGAAUAAGCUCGAAUGCCAGUUCCACGGCCUCAUCGCCGUUGCCCUCGCCAAUGGAUGAUUCGGUCAGUGCACCAACAACGCCUACAAUUGCGCCUGCGUUGCAAGUUGCGGCACCAGCGCCAAGUGCCAUCACGGAGACGGCCACAACGGGGGAUUCACUCGCUCACAUCGCUUGUCCCGCCGGCGUGGAUGCGCAGGUCUUCAAAGAAUUGCCUGUGGAGCUACAGAACGAAUUGAUCGCUUCGUGGCGCAGUUCGCUCGUGGUGGCAGCUGCUGCCAGCGCUGUGGAGCAGGCAACAACGAGCAGCGGUAACGCAAGCAACGCCACCAGCAACGGCGGUGGUGGCGCAGGCGGCACACAGAAAAAUACGCUAUAUCGAUAUUUCCUAAGGAACAAGUGAUGGGAGUGAAACGCUUUGCGUCCAACGUGUAGCUCUGCCUAAUCUUAAGAUUCAAAGUAUAUGUUAAACUAUAUUUAUAUAUUGAGUAAUCCAAGAGACAUAUAUUUUUGAAGGUUUGUGGUAUUAGCUUGUA